AUGAUGCACGCAACGUCAGAUUCCGAUGUCACUUCCUUGGAGGGCUCCCCAAAACGCAUCGAGUACUACGUGCAGAGUCCGUCGAGAGACUCCCACGACGACCUCGAUAAGUCGUCGUCGACGACGACGACGGCGCAGGCUACACCGAGCUACAACAGCCCCGUGGAGUCCCCGUCGCACCCUUCCUACGGCCGCCAUUCCAGAGCUUCCUCGGCCAGCCGCAUUUCCGGCAGCAGCGGUUUCAGGUGGGCGUCGUAUUCGGGACGGAAGGGAAGGAAGCGGAUCGAGAAAGGGUGGCAGCAGUGCCACGUGAUCGAUGAGGAAGAUUACUAUCAGCUGUACAGGGAUCAGAGAGUGUCGAGAAGAUGGCAGAUAUUUCUUGGGUUGAUGGGGUUCGUCGCCAUUUUCUCCUUGUUCUGUCUCCUUCUUUGGGGCGCUAGUAGACGUUACAACGUUCAUGUUACAGUCCAGAAUGUUACUGCACAUAAUUUUUACUUGGGGGAAGGUUCAGAUGCAACAGGAGUUCCCACAAAAAUGUUGACUAUGAACACUUCAAUCGAAAUGACUAUCCACAACCCUGCUUCAUUCUUUGGCAUUCAUGUCAGCUCCGCGCCCGUCAAUCUCAUGUACUCCGAAAUUGUCAUCGCAACUGGUCAGGUGAAGAAAUAUUUUCAACCAAGAAAAAGCCAUAGGACGGUGACAGUAGAGGUGACAGGAGAUAUGGUGCCUCUAUAUGGAGCUGGAGCAAGCUUGGCUGAGGCAGAUUACAGUGGUAGAGUUCCAAUGAAGUUGGUUUUGGAAGUCCGCUCACGGGGAAAUGUGGUGGGGAAGUUGGUAAAAUCCAGCCAUAAAAGGCACGUUACAUGUUCUCUGGUCAUGAACUCAGUUAGCAGCAGAUCCAUCAAGCUUAAACAGAAUUCAUGCACACAUGAGUGAGACUUUUCAUUGCUAGGACUUUGUAGUGGCAAAAAGUUUUUUCCUUCCGGUAUUGGUAAUUGUGAUUCAGGGGAGAGAGGUAAUAUUCGUUUGCUUUGCAUAUUUCUUUCUUGUCAAGUAUUGUCUUGGGUUUGU